AUGGGACUUCCAGGCUCUGUGAGCCCUCACGCCAUUCCCGGAGACCACCGUGAGAAGUGGUACUACUGGGCAUCAUCUCCCCGCACAACCCGCACGCCCACUGUUCGGUCAUUCGUCAGCCGGAUAAAGUCCAAAAUUUCUCCUAACUCUACCAAGUUGCGGAAGCCCAGCAACGGUACCCAGAAGCAGGGCUCCACCGUGAGGGAUACACCCAUGCUUCAUCGGAAGAACGUUGAAAUUUCACCUGAGGAUCAUCGCCUCGGGGAUGUUCUAUCUACCCCUGCGCUCUCCACUGCUAGUUCGUCAGCAAAUAACGGUGAUAGCACAAUGGUAUCAACCUUCUCACCCCCAGAUAGGGCCUGUUCGACCGCACCUAGCGAAGAGCGGCCGGCUGAACAGCUCGAGGAAGGAUCGCCUACCAAUCUUUCGGUUGUUGAACAAACUAGCGAAGAUGAUGUAUUUGGACUGCCAGGAGAGGAUUGCCACCGAGAAACUGAAGGAGGUCGAGAGUCCGAAGAAACCGAAGAGCAAGAAGAGGCCGGAAUAGAGGCGGCUUUGGGCUUGGAUACAGAUGUCUGUGUCAAGGUCGAGGCCGAUGUUAGGACAGGUACAGAUGCCAGCUCGGAGACCAAGGAAAGCCAUGGAGAUGACGAUGCAGAUGAUGAAGGAUAUGACGAUGAGAGUGACGACGAGGACGACGAGGAAGAUGAAGAGGAGGAGAUGAUUCCAUCCAGGGAAGUGGACUUCCUUCUCGAGAAUGCAGAGCAAAACAGACUUAACGACCUGGCUGCUCUCCAAGAUGAAUUUGAUGACGAAAUCCAGUAUAUUGCCCAUGAAAGAAACACACUGCUUAGUGAAAAGAUGUUCUGGCAAACCAAAUUUGUGACGGCGAUCAAAGGGAGGGAGAAACAACGCUCUCGCGCUUCAUCUUUGACAGAGGAUAACUCUCGUCUGGAGGCAAUCAAUAAAACCCUCCAGCGCGAGAUGGGCCUUAUCCAGGACAUUAUCGACAACCAGUACAAAGAAGUGAAAGUAAUUAAAUCCAACUGUCUGGAUGCUGUCACAGAACUUACUCAGGCAUGUGAAGUUACGAAGUCAUACCUUGACAAGGCGAAGGAAGAAAAUAUGAAAACUGCAAAGGAACUGGCGAUCCUUCGCAAAAUCGUCAUGAAGAUACGACAGCCAUCUAAAAAGUUGACUGAAUUCUCGAUGCACCACGAUUUCCAACAGGCCCUUGAAGUCAACCAAGAGUUGAAAGAGAAAGUCGAAACUCAACACCAAGAGUUAAACCAGCUACAUGCUCAGUUAGCCGAGCGAGAUGCAAAACUCAAGAAACUACAAGUGGACAAUGCCAAGUUAGAAGGGCAGCUUGACGAUAUGGAGUCGUUCAAUGCGAAAUAUUCGUCCAAGUUAGAUGACACCCGCCUUUCUCUGGCUUAUUAUCAAAAGUCCCUGUUACAAGCUCGAGACAAGGAAAGCCAUCUAAAUGAUCGCCUUUCGAUUGCUCUUAAUGAAUGGUCGGCAAGCAAGCUGAAAUUCAAGAACGAGUUAAUCGAGUGCCGCGCAAAGCUGCAACUAAAGGAUUCGAUGAUUAAUGCUCUUCAUAGGCAGAGCUCAGUGUAUCUGGAAAAUUGGAAGGAUACCAUCGGUAUGCUAUCUGACAGGAGCCAGGGAGAUGAGCUGUCUGUGAAGCUUGCUGACUGUCUGCAGGAGACGUUGGAUCGCAAUGAAGCACUGGAAAUUGAGCUUGGUGAUCUUCGUGAGAAGACUAUAGCCCUGCUAAAUCAAAACCUGGGUUAA